GAGCGGCGGAACAUGUAAGGGCACAUCCCGCGAGCUGCCGCCCAGCGCGCAGACAGAGCCCAGGGGAGCAAGAGAACGGGCGGGCGGCGGGGCUCACGGGCUAGGGAGGCGCGGAGGCAUCCGGCAGAGGCGGGUCGGGCUGGGCCAGCUGGGGUAGAGCGGCGGAGCGGGUGCCGGCUGAAGCGGGGCGGUGGGCGCGGAGCGCGCUGGGGGCACCGACACCACCUCACCGGCAGCUGGGUGCUGAGGGCCGCGGUGUGGGCGCGCGGAGCAGUCAGGGCGCAGGUGGGCAGCGCGCACGGCCUGCCAGCCCGGGCCGCCAGAAUCCUGCGCUGCGGGGCCGAGAGGGGCGCCGCGCCCGCCGCAGCCUGGAGCUUUCCGCGAACCUCGGGGCGCCCAUGACGGCGGCAGCGACGGCUACCGUGCUCAAGGAGGGCGUGCUGGAGAAGCGCAGCGGCGGGCUGCUGCAGCUGUGGAAGCGGAAGCGCUGCGUGCUCACCGAGCGCGGGCUGCAGCUCUUCGAGGCCAAGGGCACGGGCGGCCGGCCCAAGGAGCUCAGCUUCGCCCGCAUCAAGGCCGUGGAGUGCGUGGAGAGCACCGGGCGCCACAUCUACUUCACGCUAGUGACCGAAGGGGGCGGCGAGAUCGACUUCCGCUGCCCCCUGGAAGAUCCCGGCUGGAACGCCCAGAUCACCCUAGGCCUGGUCAAGUUCAAAAACCAGCAGGCCAUCCAGACAGUGCGGGCCCGGCAGAGCCUCGGGACCGGGACCCUCGUGUCCUAAACCACCGGGCGCACCAUCUUUCCUUCAUGCUACCCACCACCUCCGUGCUGAGGUCAAGGCAGAUUUGGGGUUUCCCCACGUUGCCUCUGCUGGUUUCAAACUCCUGAGCUCAAGCAAUCUGCCCACCUUGGCCUCCCAAAGUGCUAGGAUUACAGCUUCGUUGUUCCCUCUGGCUUGUGGGGGCAUUGCUGUGUUCCAUGUGGCAAGGUGGAAGGCAUGGACGUGUGGAGGAGGCGCUGGAGCUGAAGGAAUGGACGGGCCCUGGGAGGAGGGCAGAAGGCUACGCAGGGCUGAGGAUGAAGAUUCAGCCCCUGGAUGGUCCCAGACUCUCAGGACAUGCCCAGCUCAGGGGCUUCAAGCCACAGGCCUGGCCUCAUAUGGCAUGAGGGGGAGCUGGCAUCAGAGCCCCCUCCCUGCUGUGGUCCUGCCCUCUGUCCUGCAGACUGCUCUUAGCCCCCUGGCUUUGUGCCAGGCCUGGAAGAGGGCAGUCCCCCAUGGGGUGCCGAGCCAAUGCCUCAGGAAUCAGGAGGCCAGCCUGGUACCAAAAGGAGUACCCAGGGCCUGGCACCCACGCCCACUCCAGAAUGGCCUCUGGACUCACCUUGAGAAGGGGGAGCUGCUGGGCCUAAAGCCCACUCCUGGGGGUCUCCUGCUGCUUAGGUCCUUUUGGGACCCCCACCCAUCCAGGCCCUUUCUUUGCACACUUCUUCCCCCACCUCUACGCAUCUUCCCCCCACUGCGGUGUUCGGCCUGGAGGUGGUGGGGGUGAGGGGGGAUUUGGCCAUUAGCAUUUCAUGUCUUUCCCCAAAUGAAGAUGCCCUGCAAAGGGCAGUAACUACACA